UAAUCACAUUGACUUUCAAAUCUUCUACCUAUGUUGAAUAAAACAAUAAAGGGACAUGAAAAACCAAGAUUUUUAUUCUAAUCCUAUCGGGCCAAUUUGCAACUUUUAAAUCCAUUCAAACUCUCGUGUUUCUUACCCUUUCUUGCUUUUGAUAUAGCUCGUGUUCUCAUUUGCAUUUGAAGAAUUUGCUUCCUGAAUUGAGACUGAUUAAUGUUAAAUGGAUGAUGUUCUAUGUUAUGCAAAAUUUAGAAACAGAAACCAAAUAGUUUCCAGGUCUUUGACUCUUUGAACUCUCUGAAUCCUUUGGUUUAUCUCACAAAAUGGGUUCAGUCGUUUGGUUAUUUUUGUUAGUUGUUUCUAUUCAUAUCUAUAUCAUAGCAGCUGCAACUAACCCUGAUGAUGCUAGUGCUCUAAGAUCUCUCAUGGAUGAGUGGAAAAAUUUACCAUCUAAUUGGGGAAGUGGGGAUCCUUGUGAUGAUAAAUGGGUUGGAACUGGCUGCCGUGAUUCACGUGUGAUCUCAUUAAAACUGCCAGGCAUGAAAUUGGAGGGACGGCUGACGGGAGAUGUUUUCAGCCUAUCCGAAUUACAAGAAUUGGAUCUAUCUUACAAUGAAGGUAUCGGGGGAUCUCUUCCACCAACGAUUGGAAAUUUAAAGAACCUAAUAAACUUAAUCUUGGUUGGUUGUGGUUUCUUCGGUCCAAUUCCCGAUACAAUAGGUUCUUUGCCACAGCUGAGGGUCCUAUCUCUAAAUUCUAAUGGAUUCACUGGGCCUAUUCCACGGUCCAUUGGUAAUCUAUCAAACCUUUAUUGGUUAGAUCUGGCUGACAACCAGCUUCAUGGAGAAAUUCCGGUUUCAGAUGGACCUACUACACCUGGGCUUGACUGGUUGAUUCAUACCAAACACUUCCAUUUUGGGAAGAAUCAACUCUCUGGUCCAAUUCCAUCUAAACUUUUCAGUUCAGAAAUGACUCUGAUACAUUUGCUAUUGGAAAGCAACAGGCUUUCUGGGGCUCUUCCUUCCACCCUUGGGCUUGUGAAAUCUCUGGAGGUGGUACGCUUUGACAACAAUUCACUGAAUGGGGUUCUUCCAUCGAAUCUCAACAACCUUACAAGCGUUCAUGAUCUGUUUUUGUCCAAUAAUCGUCUGACUGGCCCUCUGCCCAACCUUACUGGAAUGAGCAGUUUGAACACCUUAUACUUGAGUAAUAAUAGUUUUAAUUCAACAGACGUUCCUUCAUGGUUUCCAGCCCUGGCGUCCUUAACAACAUUAGUGAUGGAAAAUACUCAACUCACAGGUCAAAUUCCUGCCUCAUUCUUUAAUCUUCAACAGUUGCAGACUGUGGUACUAAAACACAACAACCUUGAUGGUUCCUUGGAUAUUGGCCCAGGUAUGAGCAACCAGCUGGAGAUCAUAGAUUUACAGAGUAAUUCCAUUACUGAUUUCAAUAUCACUGCCGGAGAAUACACAUUUGAAAUAAUACUUGUAGAUAAUCCAGUGUGCCGGGAGUCAGGAGCAACAAAUCGUUACUGUACAUUACCGCCACCAGAUUCCUCACCUUUUUAUUCAACCCCUCCUCAGAACUGUCAGCCUUAUUUAUGCAGUUCUGAUCAAAUUUCCAGCCCCAGAUGCAGAUGUGCAUAUCCAUUCACAGGGAAACUACAAUUCAGAGGCCUUUUCUUCUCAAACUUGCAAAACCGAACUCCAUUCGAAAGCCUUGAGCAGGACUUGACACAGUUCUUCAAGUUCCCCGAGUUUCCUGUGGAUUCUGUUUCACUAAGAAAUCCACGGAUGGAUCCAUAUCAGUAUCUUCUCUUGGACCUUGAAUUAUUUCCAUAUGGAGAAGAUAGGUUCAAUAAAACUGGAAUUUCUGCGAUUGCAUCUGCCUUUAGCAGCCAGGAUUACAAACCACCUGACACAUACUUUGGACCUUAUGUUUUUAGGGGUGAUUCAUAUGAGUACUUUUCUGAUGGACCUGCACACUCAAGCAAAUCAAUUGCUGGCAUCGCAAUAGGAGCAGCAGCUGGUGCUUCAGUGCUUUUUGUACUAUUAAUCCUUGCUGGGAUUUAUGCUUAUCGUCAGAGGAAGAGAGCAGAAAGAGCAACCCUAGAAAGCAACCCUUUCGCACACUGGGAUCCUAAGAAGAGCAGUGGUAGCAUUCCUCAGUUAAAAGGAGCAAGAUGCUUCGGGUUUGAAGAGCUUAAGAAAUACACAAACAAUUUUACAGAAGCGAACGAUAUCGGAUCAGGGGGUUACGGAAAGGUUUAUAGAGGAACUCUACCAACUGGGGAGCUCGUUGCCAUCAAACGAGCUCAGCAAGGAUCUUUGCAGGGUGGGGUCGAAUUCAAAACAGAGAUUGAGCUUCUAUCUAGAGUUCAUCAUAAAAAUGUUGUUAGUCUACUAGGAUUUUGCUUUGAGCUAGGUGAACAAAUACUAAUAUAUGAAUAUGUUCCUAAUGGCUCACUUAGUGACAGUCUGUCAGGGAAGUCAGGAAUCAGAUUGGACUGGAGCAGGAGACUAAAAAUAGCCCUUGGUGCAGCUAGAGGUGUGGCAUAUCUUCACGAGCUUGCAAAUCCUCCUAUUAUUCACAGGGACAUCAAGUCCACUAACAUCUUAUUAGAUGAACGCUUAAAUGCUAAAGUUGCUGAUUUUGGUCUCUCAAAACCUAUGGGUGACAGUGAAAAGGGUCAUGUUAGUACUCAAGUGAAGGGUACAAUGGGUUAUCUGGAUCCUGAAUAUUAUAUGACCCAACAGUUGACUGAGAAGAGCGAUGUUUAUAGCUUUGGAGUGUUGAUGCUGGAAAUAGUAACUGCAAGAAGACCAAUAGAGCGAGGGAAAUACAUAGUAAGAGAGGUGAGAAUGUUGAUGGACAAAACGAAAAGCUCGUAUAACCUCCAACAGAUUCUGGACCCAAGUAUUAGUUUUGGUACAUCAUCCAAAGGCUUGGAAAGGUUUGUAGACCUGGCAAUGAGAUGUGUUGAAGAAUCAGGAGCAGACAGGCCUACAAUGGGUGAAAUGGUGAAGGUGAUUGAAGACAUUAUGCAGAUGGCCGGCAUGAACCCGAACGCUGAAUCGGCAGCAAGCUCGGCAACUUAUGAGGAUGCAGCUAAAGGAUCUAAUCCAUACGGUGACGAAUCUUUUGCUUACAGUGGGGGCUUUCCUAUGUCUGUCACCAAGAUAGAGCCCCAUUAAAUUUUAGUUUCUUUUACUAUGUUUUAUCAGCAAUGAACUUAGUAACAGAGGGAGCUGCUUCUGUUUUCUCUUCUUUUUCCUUCCCAUGUACUGGUGGUGACAGGCAAUCUUAAUUAUGUGGGAUCUUAUUUUUGUUUGUAGGAUAUUAUGAUGAAACUGUAAUUAGAAGGAUUCUUUUUAUGUAAAUGGGUAAAACAACCGUUGAUUCCAA